AUGCCAGGAAGCCGCUUAGACGAGCUUAUGCGGCAUCCGCUCCUUUUUUCCUCCAAGCAGACGCCGCCGCGCUACCCCAUCAUUCUAUGUCAUGGAUUGUAUGGAUUCGAUGUGCGUGGGCCGUUCAUGGGGCUUGAGUACCACUACUGGUCCGCCACACUGGACGUGCUCCGAGAACGUGUGGGUGCCGAGGUGUACGCGUUUGCCGUGCCACCCACAGGCUCGAUACAGCAGCGCGCAGAAGUUUUGCACAAUCUGUUGCUGCAGCAAGGUUUCCCGCCCGGCCAGCCGCUGAACUUUGUGGGGCAUUCCAUGGGUGGUCUGGAUGCACGAUACCUCAUUUCCUGUAUUCGGCCGCGCGAAUAUAAGCCCGUAAGUCUUACGACACUGGCAACGCCGCACCGCGGGAGCCCAUUCAUGGAUUGGUGUAACACAAAUAUUGGUGUGGGGCUUGAGCUCAUCGAUGCGAUGAUGAGCGAGGUACGCCCGAAUACGGUGCCGGACGAUGCGCCGAAUCGUGCUCCGUUCAGCCUCAAAGCGCCGCUGUUCACGCGCGACAAGGCCGAUGUCCAGAAGAAUCCUUUGAGCCGCGCAUUAGCGACGGUAUCGACGGCUCUUUCGUCCUACAUUCUUGCGUUGUUCGAUCAGCCUGCGUACGCGAUGCUGUCAACACGCUACAUGACGCGCUUAUUUAAUCCGGCCGUACCCAAUGUGCCUGGACUUCGCUACUUUAGUGUUGCGACGCGCACGCCGGCGAUGUCGGUCCUGCAUCCGCUAUGGCUUCCAAAGCUCAUUCUUGACAAGGCGGCCACGACGGGCUCGUGUGGUGCUGACGCGGACGGAAGUUCCGCAGCACAUCGCACUCUGGACGCUGGAAACGACGGGCUUGUGAGCGUGACUAGUGCUCAGUGGGGCGAGUUUCUGGGUGUGUUGGAAAAUUGGGACCAUUGGGACAUUCGCGGUCCUGGUGGCACGAAGCGCUUGCGUCCCGCACGCUCCGAGGUCGACCACGACACGCAGACUGGCAAAUGGUCUGCUUGGUGGAACAGGGUGUCUGAUUGGCUGCCGACUCGGCGCGGACAGUCGGAGACAAGACCAGCGGCACAAGCAUCACACAAAGACCAAGAGUGGAAUUGGCGCGAGGCCGCGCUGAGCGAGUACGAGGAAACAACACACACGGAGCGAUCAGAGAUGCCGUUUCCUGCUGCUGCGUAUGCGCUCUCGUCCGCAUACGAGAAGGGUGUCGAUGCUCAGGAAGCAUCGAAAAUCGCUCAGCGCUUGGCAGAUUGGAUCUCGUCACACCUGCCCUCCUCUGGAAAAUCUGUAGAAGCUGAUCCUUCAAAACCAUCUGACGACUCGGGCAUGCUUCUCGCCUACCUCACCAAAGACCGCCCCCAUCGUCCAGACGAUGCCCAUGACGACUCGCUUGGCGAGAGUCGUACAGCUCGAGCGCUGCGUGCGAAACUGGAUACCAUGCCGACAUCUUCCCGAGCGGAACGCGUCUCUACGGCUCUGUUAGAGAUUUUCCCAUUCCUCGUCAAUGCAGGCCACGAUGGAUCUUUGGGUGCAUCGAACGACACAUUUGAACGCUUUUGGACGGCUGUCUGUCGAAAUUUGUAUGAAGAAGGGUUUUGA